AUGCGAGGAGUCGCAGACUCUCUCAUGAUGCAUUCGUGGCUGGUGUUGGGCUUGGUGGCGGCGGUGGCGGGGUACGACUACACUACGGUGCCUGGUCUGAACCAUGACACGUGGUGGGGUCCCGAGGGCAAGGAGGAAGACACCAGCAUCAGGCCCUUCCAGAUUAAAUGGGAAAAAGCGAUGAUUGAUGACUUAGUAUACAGAUUGGAGAAUCGUCGUAAAUUCGUGCCUUCAAUGGACGACACUGCGUAUCACUACGGAGUGAACACUCACACCAUCGGAUACUGGCUGGACUACUGGGCGAGAGACUAUAACUUCACGGCACGGGAGGCGUAUGUCAACAAACAUCCUCAGUUCAUCACCAAUAUGCAAGGUCUUGACGUUCAUUUCGUCCGGAUCGUGCCUGAGGUACCCGAAGGCAAGAGAAAGAUCCCACUUCUCCUGCUGCACGGUUUCCCGGGGUCCUUCCUGGAGUUCCACGAAGCCAUCGACCACCUCAUCGCGGGUGUUGCAGACAAAGACUUCGUGUUUGAAAUCGUAGCACCUAGCUUGAUUGGUUUCGGUUAUUCUGACUACACUAAUAAACAAGGUCUGGGAGGUGCAGAAAUGGCAGUUAUCUUCAAGAAACUGAUGAACAGAUUGGGGCACGAUAAGUUCUUCGUGCAAGGAGGAGACUGGGGAGCUCAUAUUGCCGAUAUUAUGGUUGUCUUCUUCCAAGAGGAAAUCAUUGGUAUGCACACCAACCUUGGUAUGGCAUUGACAGACAAAGCCUUUAGCAUGAUCACUAUGGGCUCCCUCUACCCUGCAGCUCUGAUGCCCAACGAUCUGACCGGACGUCUAUACCCUCUGAAGGACACACUACAAUGGCUCAUGAGGGAGUUCGGUUACUUCCACUUCCAGGCCACGAAGCCUGAUACUAUUGGUAUCUGCGUGACAGACACCCCGUCAGGCAUGUUCGCGUGGUUCGCUCAGCUAAUCUCCAUGGCCAGCCGCCGCGCCAACUACGAUGAUCCUCGCGGAGGUCUCGAUCUCUACACCCCGAGCAGCUAAUAGACAACGCCAUGAUCUAUUGGGCUCCUAACAAGGCCUCUUCUGCCAUGAGAAUCUACGCGGAAACCGUCAAUUGGAGGAAUUACGACAUGGGAUUUAUCAAUGAACCAAGCUCGGUGCCAAUAGUGGUAGUCCAAGCCCCUGAUGAAAUCUACUACAUGCCACCAGCAGUAUUGAAUACCAAGUACACGAACCUCGUCGCAGUCGACGUUCUAUCUGAGGGAGGACACUUCCUGGCGUACGAGAUGCCCGAACAGUUUGCCAAGCUAGUCAUCAGCGCUGUUGAGAGGAUCUUAAACCACAAACAAUGCGAUAAAAGCGAACUUUGAGAUUGAUUGCCUCGAUCAUUUUGUAGAUGUGAAACAUUUUUUAUAAGUUUUUGUAACCAUCAAAUAAAUAACCUGACUAAAUUUAAAUGUCCAAAAACUAAACACUUUUAUAUUUUUCUUCGUGAUUUUCAAUUUGUUUUGUAUUUUCUAAAUAAAGAGUUAUUUUUAAGA